AUGCAAUGUAUAGAUAGAGCAGACUUUCCAACAGUUGUGAGAUAUGAAAAGGAAUCAUUUGAGGACGAUUUGUUGGACAUAAAGGUCAAAAGUGAACCCGAACUGCUUGUAUGUGGAUAUCAUCCAAGAGCUCCAAAUCCAGUGGCUCUUGAAGGCCAAGAGUUAGACUGGAAGCGCUGCAAUCAUAUCUAUCAGAUAUUUCUCAUAAUUGCAGUCGCCAUUGUGGUGCUUAUACACCUACAAUUUAUCAUCACUUUUCUGCAGGCCAAGAUCAAACGCACCCAUCAUAAGCAGACCCACUUGCACACCGAUGAAAAAGAGAAGAAGAAGCUUCCGGAGAGGAAUCCGGAAUCUGAUUUGACAGUGACAUCAUCAACCUUUCCUGCUACCACCACUGACAAGACAUCAGACAUGAAGAAUAGUAAUGUUUCCAAAUUACGGUUUCCAAGUGGAAUGACGCAAGAGGAUUAUAUUGACUUUGAGCGCUAUGAGCACUUC